CCCGCGAGGGUCAACCGGUCACGCUGAGCCACCACCGGCCAAAACACCAACCCCAAUUCUCCCGUUCCAUUCUCACUUCGACGGCUUCGAUUCAUUCGAUUUCUUGCAUUGUCAUGGAUGCCCCUUUUCGAUGAAGAACAAACUCCAUCAUAAAUUCGAUCGAUUUGGAUGCCCCUUUUCGACCAGUGGUCGAAUUCGCAUCGUCGUGGGAGGGUCGUAGGUAAAAAAAAAAAAACCCUACUUUUAUUGGUUCCAAAAACCCUAGAUUUUGCUCUGUUGUUGAAAUCUCUGCGUGGAGACUCUCCAUCGGAGCGCACGAAACCCUAGGUUUCCUGGCCACCGGGUUUUGCGGUCAAGAAGCUAGAGGCGGAGAUGAUUUUCCUACUUCAAGCCCCUGCCAGGAGCGGGCGACUGACUCAUCUUCAUGAAGUUGGACAAGCACGAGAACAAGGAGCUUAUCAAGUAUGGGUUCCCCGAAGAUAGAACAGUCUGCAGCAGAUAUCAGGAAUCCUGAAUGGACAAAGGUUUCUCUCGAGGGUGUCAGAUCAUUAUAAAAAUAGAUGGUCUUGCAGAAAAAGAGGAAAGAAACGGAGAGGCUCGAAAGGAUAAACAGGCAGGGAUGAGGAGCUACAAGAGUUUGAUGUUCCAGAGAAGAUGAUGACAUCUAAUGAACAACUUACUUCCGCUAAUAAAUCCCUGCAAGAACUUGAAGAUGACACAACUUCAUGUGAGCAUCGGACAAGUUAUCUGAUGGUUGGUAAAGAUGGUCAAGCUUUCAAGAAUCUGCUUGGUGAUAAUGGUAAGAUAAAAUUGUGAUACAGGUUGCUACAGGACCUUUAUUCAAUUACAAAUGAUGUUACAUUGUGAAAUGCGAUAAAAAAAAGGAAUGGAACCAUAUAUCAGUUAUCCACAAAUGUAUCUCAUGAUAUGAAUGUUAUAUACUGCAAUUCAGUCUGCAAUUUGUACCUUAAUGUAAUGUUCAGUUUUCUAACUUAUAUUAAAUGUGAACUGCUGCAUCUUUGCCUCGUAUCCAGAAGUCAAUCUGAGCCUGCAUGUUGCUUGGGUUUGGGAAAAAAAAAUUCUAUAUGCUGACUGCAGAGAACAUACUGUGGCAAGACUUGGCCUCAUAUUGGCAUGCAGCAUUGUUAAUGUUCACAGGCAAGAAAAAAUUUAAUUGAAAUAGCAUGAGAACAGAGAUUUUUUGGAACAAUGGAAUGGGAGAUUGAAAGUCAGAUUCUUAGCCAACUCCAUCAUUUGAGUACUGCAACUUAAACAUUGUUGCAUUUUAUUUAGGAUUGAAUUUUACUUGGUGAUAUGUGGAGAUUACAAAUGUAAACUGCCAACCAGUCAGAUUAGAAGUGUGAAGAAAACCUAGUUAUGCUUUCCUUUCUAACCUGUAUGAUAGAGAUGAAGUUUUGGAUUGGUUCCUCGUUUAGAAGAUAUCAUUCAACGUGGAAAUAGCAGCUUCAACCUUGAUUUGUGUAGGGGGGAGUCCUCUGUCUUCAUUAAGGAUGCAGCAUCACUCGAGGCAUCGGCUUUAUCUUCUGGCAUAAAAACCAACUCUUUUGCCAUCACAAUCUUCUCAUGCAUACAAAUGGUGAAAGAGACCCGCCGUCGUGAUACCCAGAUCGAGCUGGCACGCGGUCUGCACUGGCCUAAUUCGCCACCGCUAGAGACCAAAAGCCACGUCUUUGCUUGAAUUAGAGAUAAUAGCAGUGACAACGCCAUGACUCGGCGGUCUUACCAGAGGAGAGACAGAGAAGAAGCCAGACUGGUUCUCCCCUCAUCGUGUCAGCAUACAUUAAAUAGCAGAAAUGAGCUCCGGGGAGAGAGAGAGAGAGAGCUCACAUCCAAAGCAUCCUUCUAUUUGGAUUAAUUCCGAAGCGAUAGAGAAGUAGAACGUAGAGACGACAAGGCUAAGAGCAGAAUGUUGGAAGGAAGGGCAAUAAUCCAGGACACAGACAUGCCUGUGAAGAUGCAGAUGCAAGCCAUGUCCUGUGCCUACGAAGCUCUUGACCUCUUUGAUGUCCUUGACUGCACGGGAAUAGCUGCUCACAUCAAAAAGGAAUUUGAUGUGAGGUAUGGCCCUGGAUGGCAAUGCGUGGUGGGAUCCAAGUUUGGGUGCUUCUUCACCCACAGAAAGGGCACCUUCGUCUACUUCUGCCUGGAGAGGCUCAACUUCCUCAUCUUCAAAAGACCUUCUGCUAUGUCAACUCCAACCACAAACGCAAAAUAGCUGUUCUGACCUUGUUCUAAUGGUUCCCAACUGUGACCUCCAUAUACAUUCUUCGGUUGUUCUUUGCUCUUUCUGACUCCUCAUACUUCGUCUAACGAAAUAUGGAACAUCUCCAUACUGAUCAACUCCAUGCUUGGCUUUCUGAUCCAAACUCUAUUAUGGUUUCUCUGUCUCAUGUUCUGAAGAUAAAAAGGAUGAACUUGUUCUUA